UCUGGGUCUUUCUGCCGUACACACCCCUCAGUAUAUAUUGACGUUGGACGAACCGUUAUUCGUCAGUUCUCGAGUUGUAUUCCAAUCAAGUGGAUCAAAACAAUCGUCAAACAUGUUUAAGUUUGCCCUGAUUCUGGCUUUGGCAGUGGCCGUAUCUGCCCAAUGGGAAGGAGGUCAUGGUGGAUUUGGAGGACAUCAUGAGCACCACGAUCAUCACUCGCAUCCCAAGUAUAAGUUCGAGUACGGAGUGAAGGAUCAUAAAACGGGAGACCACAAGAGCCAGUGGGAACAUCGUGAUGGAGAUGUGGUCAAGGGAGAGUACACUCUGGAUGAGGCCGAUGGAACCAAGCGGGUUGUGGAGUAUACGGCCGAUAAGCACAACGGAUUCCAGGCUCACGUGAAGCGAGUUGGUCAUGCCAACCACCCACAGGUGUAUCAUCAUCAUCAUGAGGGAGGACAUGGAGGAUUCGGUGGAUUUGAAGGACACGGUCAUCAUGGACAUGGACAUGCCAGCAGCUAUGCCAACUCCAACUUGCACUCUCACUCGCAUCAUCACUAAA